AAUUGUACUAAUGUGUGGCGGGUUUUCGACCCUCAAGGUUACUGGCGAUGUCAAACAUCUUCGAAAGGGACUUUAUUUUUAAGUCCAACCACUCUCUGGAUACUCAAAUAACAGCCUCAAUCGAUCGAGGAGAUUUUCAUCUAUCUUUGCUGUCACUGAUUUCCUUCAUUUCCUGGACAAUAUAUGCUCUAUUUUAUAAUUCUAGAGUUGUUGGGUUGAUUGUAUCCACUAUAGUCAGGAGAUUCAUCAAGGAUUGUUACAUCAAUGUUGGCUCAAUAUCUUUUGCAGCUCUCGGUGGGAAGUUGAUGUUAAGAGACUUUGUUUACGUGAAUGAUGAUUAUUCUGUGAGAAUUUGUUAUGUCAUUGUUGUGUUUAAUUAUUGGACGAGAUAUUAUCCAGGAAGAAAGGAUACUUUCCAGAAGAGAUGUCUUCACAUUUAUCUUUAUGGAGUUGAUAUCCACGUGUUUAAUCGCACCACUGUCUACAAAAUGUUGCAAGCCGUUUUUAGGCAGAACCAGGAUGAAUCAUCAGAAUUGUUGAAUCGCUCAGCAGGUGCAUUGGGGAUCACUAAAGAAACUUCUAAACUGAUUGCUUCAAAAAAGUAUAGUUGUCAUCAGGCAGAUAUUCCUAACGAAAGAGAACCAUGGUACAAGUAUUUUUGUUUUAUAAAUUUUGAGUUUAUUGUAUAUAUAUAUAUAUAAAGCUUUUAUCCGAAAUUGAUUCUUUUCAGUACUGGAAUAGCUUAGUCUCAGCUUGAGUUUUAUUUAGUCGUGCAAGGGUUUGUUUGAUUUGCUGGUAGACUAAGGGAAGAAGUCAUCGUGAUUUCUCUCACAUUUUAGGUAUUAAUUUUUACAAUGCCAAUUACGUUGGUAACUACUAAAACGUCUUUAAUCAGGAGAAGCAAAAAUAAUUUUGAAGCUAAUAUUAUUUUGUAGUUUCAAAGAUUCUGCAAACUAUCUAAACGACGUAGUGUUAACAAGAAUUUAGGUUUGUUGUUUAAAUGUCCAUGUUACGUAAUGAAAGUUUCUUCAAUACUGAAGUAGGUAGAUUUACUUGUGAAUUCUAAUUCCCACUUUUCUACUUUUAUUACGAUAAAUACAAGCUAGUUCUGCGCAUGUCACUACAUAAGACCAAAAUUUUUAAGUAAACGGUCUUUGAUGAUUGACCUCAGUAUUUUGCCUUCAUUUAUUAUUCUGUUGAUGGGUCGAUCUACUUUAAAAUCUAGUAAGUACAAAAGCUUCAUAUGUAUCUUUUUAUCACUAAACAAUGUUAGAGUAUACACCGCUUGUUUGUUAUCAUUUCUAAUUUUCAGGAUUACGUAUUGCGCUAGUUUUGAGUUGUCACAUAUAGGUAACCAUUGUUUAACUGUAAACAACUUAUUUUCAUCAUUUUAGCGAUUCUACUUCGAAUUCAGGAGUUUUAGAUAUGUUCUGGAAGCAUGCUCAUAAAUUACUACCUGCCGUUAAAUUUAACUUUGAAUUGGCUAACAUAUGUGCCGGUAAUCACUUGCUACCUAGAGCAUGUCUUGUUACAUGCAGUCGAAUGUAUGGCUCCUACAGUAUUGGAGACGCACCAUCACAAUUGGAUAAAUAUCAACAUCAAAUCAAAUCACAUUUUGUCAAUUUAAUGGGUUCUCUCGUUCUUGUGUCUAAAUAUUCUGGCCAACAUGCUAUUGAAGACCCACCUAAAAGUUGGGACAAAGCGUUUCAUGUUUUUCACUUUGGCGAAGGUACAAUCGACUAUGUACAAGAUGAACCAGGAUUAUGUGAAUCCGAAAAACUAGAAUUAACCGAAGAUAACGUAACUGCACUAAAUACCUGGCCUAAGUGGGAAUUACAUGUACUUGUUAAUAGACUAUGCCAACUUAAUUAUGGUCCAUGGGCUGAUCGUCAAAGAGAUAUCAUCUGGCGAUUUUUCUUUCCAUCAUCAUAUCAAGUCACUAAACCCAGUGAACCAGUUACUGUAGGACAACGUAGGGUUGCGAAGAAAUUUGUUUUUGAAUUGAAAACAUCCGCUAAUAUCAACCUUGAUCUUUAUUUCAUGAGACAUGAUGUUGUUGAAUCUAUGAGACUAUCAGGAUCUCCGAAUUCAAUUAUAAAACUGAGUAUACCAUGGUUAGUCAACCAGAAUGGUUUUGUAACUACUCUGAAAGUCAACCUAAUUAAGUCCAGUCUGAUCCUUGAGCAUUUAUGGCGUAAUAUAUUAACUAACGAUCAGUACGUGAACCUCGAUAUAAAAAUGUACUAUCCGAGAGAAUGGAAUAUGCAACACUUAUGGGAUAUUGGGUUAGACACACGUGAUACACAAUUAACUGUAUUGUUUGAUUACAAACAUUACUUUAAAGGUCUUAUAGAUGAUUGGUGUCGUGGUUCUCAUCCGGAUUUACUUAGUUUUAUCCCGUGCACUUAUAAAUUUCACAUUAAAUCAAACAAUCUAGAUUUUAUUUUAUUAGCCAAUGAUUACAAUUGGAUAUCAAAAUAUGGUGAAAAUGCUUAUCUUGGAUUUCAUGCGAAAAAGCUUAUGGUUACUUUUGAUCUACCAUUCAUAGACUUUUUACCAACUACAGUACCAAUCAAUUAUAAUAUUGAAUGUUCUUCAGUGUCACUUCGAAUAUCCGUACCAGAGUCUAGUACUCUGUAUUAUAUAAUACAAGAAGUUCAUAAUCGUAUGAAAUUUGUUAAUGGUCGUGGUCAAAUUCAAAAAUCUUCACCAUUUCAUUCUAGUAUUCAAGAAAUGACAUUUCAUGAAAAAGUUUCGAAAACAAUUAAUUGCCAAUGGUUCGACUGCGGCUGGACACCUCGUUUACGUCUUAGAAUAGCCUACAUUUAUCACCCAUCACCGUGGGUAUCUGAAUAUUGGCGUUUUGUUCCUUCGGAAUACAGACCGGUAGUGUCUUCAGCUAAAUUAUCAUAUCAAAGUGGUCGUAAGCCUAGUGCAUUCAAACGUACAACUGCUUUAAAUUGUCAGAAUGUAGAAACAACGAGUCAAUCAGACUUGGAGGAAAUAGCACUUAGUAAACUCCGACCGGAAGGUAGCCAUACACAAGGUCCUACUGAAAAUGAUAUACUACAGAGUAAAUGUGACAUAUUUGCAUGUUUUGAACCAGAUACAGUUGAUAUACAUUUGCAUGUUCCUUCUGCACAACUACUCUUCUACGGUGCAGUACUACGACAUUUUAUUCAUAUAAAAGAAAAUUAUUUUGGAAUUCAUCAGACACCUGUAAGUUUUGACCGUGAACCUCUUCGACCGGAUGAAAGCUUUUCCCUCACUGAUGAUGAUUUAAUCCGAUUGAAAUCUCAAACUAAUCAUAGUUCCGGGGAUGGUCAUACUGAUCUAAGCAAAAUCGAUAAGCUUCCAGAGAAACGCAUCAUUGAUCCAAGGGAUUUUCGUCCCCUAUCUGUACGACUAUCACUGGAAUUUCAUAAUAUUCAAGUUCAUCUGCCCAUGCAUGGUUCAUCUGAUGAAUCGCCUUGUCCAACAGCUUUUCUAGAUUGUAUUGGAUUUGAAAUGGACAAACGUUGGCAUGAGACAAAGCUUCAAUUGCUUUUUUCACCAAUUUUAGUAUGCUUCUAUGAUCAAAAUAAGGACUUUCGAUCAAAAUCGAACUCAAAUGUAUCUUCAAGUCGUAUUCAACUUGUCGGUUUACAAUUACGUGGUCAAGGAAUGUUUAGUCAUGUUAAUUUACCCCUUCGUGCAGAAUCAUUGGAAUACGCUUGGUUAUUAGAACUGACGGUUGGUCAACUUACCGGCCAAUUAUCCGCUCCUAAACUAUCAUGCUUAGUACAAUGUUUGAAGGAAUUCACUUUUUCUGCAGUCGAUUCAGAAAAUCAAUUAAUCUCUUCAAGAGCAUUCGAACUUUGUCAACAUGGUCGUCCACAGCAACUAUGUCCAUUUUGGCAUAAAAUUUGCUCUAACACUUUAUGCCCUAGUGAUAUUCAACUGAAAUAUCGAAUGUUACGUCUCACUAUUGAUGGUAUUGAUUUGAGCAUUGUAGAGACCCGAAACUGUCUAAGCAUCCAAUGUGAUCCGAUUCGUUUGGUUCAUUGUAAUAUGCAUGGUGCUACCCAUUGUGAUGGGAUGUUUGUAUUAAUUCCGGAUAUUAGAUUAAUACAAUUAGUUGCACCGAUGGCUCCUGAAAUCAAAAACCAACUUAAUUUAGACAAUCAAGCUAAAAGUACUAAACAAGUGGAAAAUUCGGUUUUAUGGUUUGAAGCUGGCUCAUUUUCUCUUGGUCCAGUUCACAUUAAUCUUUCCAGGACACCAGAAAAACGUAAUCAUCUCAAUUGGCAAUUGGAUUUUCUUAAACGUCAUGAUUUAACAACUAAACGUUUAUCAUUUCUUUGGUCAGAUAAUAAUGAUGUUAUCAGUGGGACACUUCGUAAUUCCAGUUUGAGUUCACGUCAUACCACAAAAUCAUCGAAUGCAUUUUCUACUACAGAAAACAGAUUUUUGAUUAGAAAGGGCAUACCCGGUUAUAUUGCUCCAGAUAUAAUACCUAAUUGUGGAUGCUAUGGUCAAUGUUCAUUUUUUGGACAAAACGAAAGUGGACGAAUUUUGUUUCAUGAAUUAUCAUCUGGUGACUUUCGACAACGUGCUAUAUUUCCAUCUAGAGCUGAUUAUAAACCUGAUUUAUUUACACCAUCAGAUAAUAAUAAUAAUAAUGAAAAUCAACCAGCUUUUGGUGUUAAUCAACAGAUACCUGCAUCCAAAGUUUUUGACUCCAACUCAAAAAGCUUAGGUUUCGGUGAAAGUCUUUUACUUCCUAACUGUCUGUUACAUGAAUUACAUUCUCCUGAUGACUGUUUGGAGAAAUAUAACGGUUUACUGCUUAUGCGAGAGGAAAUUGUUUCAGCUCUUCUUGAGGCCAGUAUUCAGAAAGGUAUGGAUUGGUAUUUACUGCAUUUUUGUGAAGAACACUAUCAAUCUGAUACAGAUUCAACCAGAAGUUCCAAUAGUUUAGGAACGUAUGCAUCUUUUAAUCAGAGUAGUAGUAAUCUGGAACAGCUUAUUGAACACGAUUCUGAUACUUCUGAUGUCGAUUUAUUUUUGAAAAAUUCCAAAGAUCAUCCAUUAAAAGAUUUACUUACUUGUGAUUCAAUGGAUAAAAUGAGAUAUUCAACGAAUAGAACAAAGACAAAAGAUUCAUGGAUGGAACUCAAUGCAUCUCAACAGACUAAACAUUCAUCUCUAUCUGAUCUUCUAUUAGCGACAGUUAAUGACAAUUUAGAAGGUAAUCGAGCAAAUGAAGUUAAGAAAUUACGUGAAGAAAUAUCAUCAUUGCACUCAACCACAAAUAUUAAAAAUGAAAUAAAAAAGUCAAGUUAUCUACCAUCAAAUUUAUCACUGAAUACUCCUAUUGAACUGCCUCCACAUUCGGGCACUUCAUAUGACAGUUUGUCAAAUAAUAGUUUAAUUCAUCCAGUUCAUAGUAAUAACAACAAUACUGAGACACAGUCACACAUGGAAAAUAUUCAUAUUGGUUCAUCAUCGUCAUCACAUUGUAAGUCACCCCCAACUCCACCUCCUCGAAAAUUUAUCAGAGAUCAGCAUUAUAUUAAAGAAAAAAGACGGAAUGAAUCACACAACAUGGAGGUUUCUACUCAUGAAAAAAGCAUAAAUAUCGAAUCUAAAGACUUAGAUGAGAACAGAAAAGAGUUUGAUGAUGCUUUUGAAAAUCUUGUCGAUCUCCGGACUCAAUUAAAUAGACCAAUAAGCGAGAGUGGUCUCCUACGUCCAGCUUACGGUCGACAUUUAAGCUCAUUUAAAUGUGUAGCUGGUUUAACCUGCCCAAUAAGUCUCCGAAAUCGUUGGCAUAUUUGUAAACAUAUAUACCCUGGGAACACCUGCCUACAUUCGCUAGAUAAUCUGUUAAGAGUUGAUAAAAAUGCAUGCUCAAGUCAUUCAAAAUCCUCACCUCAUCAGAAUGUAACAGUUUUCGAUCUUCUCCGUCAGUGUCAACCUAAAGUUGCUAUUGCUCCACGUUUUCAGAUUCGGCAUACCGGUUUCUCAUCCCAGUCCAUUACUAUUCGUUCAGACUCAACUCCAUCACAUCCUGCUAUUCCUCCUUCGAAUCCUCCAGAUUUGACACAGAAAGAAUCAAAUUAUAAUGCUGAUUCUGGAACUACUACUGUGAAAUCGAAAGCUAUUGUUUGGCUUAAAGGUCCAAUUAACUUACUUCUUACUCCACUUUUGACGGAAUCACUUGAAAGAUAUAUAAAAAUACUUAUGCCAAUUGCAAAAACUACCUCACCCUCAUCAAUUGUGGAUUCAAUGCACUAUAGGUGCGUAAAAUCGGUGGAGCAUCAAGUCAAACCUUUGCUCAAUUCCUCUCAUAAUAUAAUACCGAAAAAUCAAAAUUCUUCUGCUCAAAAAGUAAAACCAAACCACUCAUCACGUUCUGUUUUUGGUGAUAAGUUAUCAACUAUUGCUGCUCCUGUAGAAGAACGCCAGUCAAUAUUACAUAAUCUUCUUGGUUCACGUUCUGCUCAAGAUGCAAUGCCUAGUAAUGUAUCUCAUCAGAUUAUUACUUCCAAAUCUUUCAGAAUUCGAAGGAUAUCGGCAGAUUACGAGUUAAUGUCAAAUAGUCAAGAUACCAUUAAAUUCAAAAAGAAUACUUCAAAUACAUCUAAACCAUUGUGUUUAGUUUCUGAAUUAUCAGAUCAUCAAUUACAAAAUGAUGAUAAUUCUACUUCGCCAUUGAAUAAUUCAUCAAUCAUUUCAAUUUUAUCAAGUAAAGUAGCUUCAUUAUCUGUGGAACGAAUUCAUAUUUCAUUUUUACAACUUUAUGCUGUUGAAGAUUUAGUUCAUUUAGACAGUUUAAAAUCUGGUCUUCAUGAUUUAACAUGUGUAUCUUUGAUGACAUUUUGUAUUGAUUCAUUUUCUUUUGAACUAAUGGCAUCAUAUAAACGACAAUCAUUAAGUGAUAAAUCUGUUAAUGCUCAUUUACCGGAUAAACAUAACAGCAUAUCUACACCUGAUUCAAAUAUUAGUAAUCGACCUGUUGUAGCAUCAUCAACAGCUGAUUCAUUUCAUCUCACUGUUAAACCACCAAGUACCAGUAACGUACAGAAUACCACCACGUUCCAAAAAGAUAAUAUUUCAAUGAAAAAUAUUUCAUCCAGUGUUCAUGAUAUGUUUCAAACUUAUUCUGAUCUAUCGGAACGAUACAACACUAUAUAUAAGGACAACAGUAAUAAUAAAAAUAAUAAUGGAGAAAAUAAUUCAUUCCCUGUUAGAAAACAACAUAAGAGACAACCAUCUGCUCCGCCUGUUCUAUAUAAUUCGCCUGACUUAAGUCAUACUUAUGAUACAUUUACUCAAUCCUCUGAACCAAUCAAUACUAUCCAAAAAUCAAACGAAUGGCACGAUACUCUUUUGGAUGAUCUGAAAGGUAGUGAAUAUCAAUGUCAAAGAAAAUCAGAACAUGUAGACGAAAAUAGAUCCAUGAAACUGGUUGACAGUCAUAAGUUUAAUAAUAUUAAAUCACCUAGUAUGGAAUAUAUUUCUUCGUUGUCGGGUUCGAAGCCCAAUCAAAAGGUUGGUGAUGCCAUCAAUUUAAGUUAUAUGAAGCCACCUGUGAACGAGCCGACUUUUGUUAUCAGUAAUUCACUGGAUAGUGAACAUUUAGGAAGUGAAUUAGUUUGUCAAGUAACAGUACAAAGAAUUCAUGGACAAUUACGUCGUCUUACACGUCACAGUCAGUUCAAUGCAGAUGUUUUACUAACAGCAAUACCUUUUGAAUCCUCUAGAGCAUUCUUUCGUUUCACAUCGGAUCCAUGUAAUUCCAGUCUUAGUUCUACAGGUGAAUCUUCAUGUCCAUCCAAAUAUUUUGAAGAACAAAGUUUCGGUUGGAUUAUGUUUGAGUGUGGCUUACAAGGUUUAGCAUUUUCCUGGGUUCAGCGUAGUGGAUUCCCUGACCCAGUAUCAGUCGAACAGGUUACAAAGACUACAUCUACCGACCAACAACCGAAAUACACUUGUAAUGAGACUGCUCCUUCUGGACAUAAUACUUCUCCUCAAGCUCAGGCUGGUAAUUCGCCGAAUGAUAAAAAAGUGAAUUAUGUCAACGGUUUGUCAUCAAAAUUAGUUGUUAAUACAGUAUGGCUUAAUUUUGCUGCACCGAAGCGUUUACCUAAUAAAAGAAGAAUAGAACUUAUCAGAUCUGAUUGGAAUUUACUGAGCACUGCUGCUCCUACUAUUCGUGCAUGGAUAGAUCCUUGUAAUCGUUUAAUUGAUGUUUGUAAACAGUUUCGAUCAAAUUCAGAACGCCGUCUUUUAUCUGUUAUUUCCUGUCUUAUGACUGAAGUUGUUAAUCCAAGAUCAGAGGUUCUGAAUACAAUGAAUAAUAAUAAUAAACGAUAUUCAUACCCAAUCAGAAAUAAAGUCCAAUUAGUUAUGAAAAAUGAUGAUUUAGGGGGAUAUGCUCUACAUCGUACAGAAACUGCUCAUGUAUUACGCUUUGAUCCUAGUUGUCAGUUACUAAUUGUCUUGCGGCGUUAUCUACUAACAAUGAGUGAUUAUUAUGGAAUAACAAGAGCUGACGAACUUUUAGCUGAAAUGCUUAAAGAUUCUGUUGUUCCCGAAAAUGAAUUCCUUCAUCGCGGAAUUCUCUCAUUAACACGAGAAUGGCGUUUCUUAGUUGAUUCCCUUGCCGUAAGUGUAUCAGAUUUGAGAGCUUUACGAGAGUUUGCAACACCUUCAAUUCCUUUGUGCACUAAUUAUGCAGUUGAUGUUCGUCAGAAUAACUUUAAUGAAUCUUCAUUUAUUAUCCGUAAAGCUGGUUCAAUGUUUAGUACUUCUAAUGAUUGUCAGAUUAAAGAUAAUGACUCACUUCAGCAAACUGGAACUGGAAAACCACUUAUAACAAAUCCAAAAACUGGAAAUUAUCUUACAACUCCUAGUCCUGCAGUUACAUCUCGCCUAUUGAAAAUGGUUGUUGGUUCGUUGUCUCCAACAUCUCCUCGUCCUACUAGAGCAGGGUUAACAAAUAUUGAAGAUGGAUUGAAACCAACUGCAAAUAUUAACUCAAAUAUAGGGUUUUGUAGAAAACAAUCAGAUGAUAAUAUUCAUUACUUAACUGAUAAACCUAUCAAUGGUAAUAUACAAGGAUCAAAUCUAAUAAAUGAUGAUAUCUACGAUCCAACAGAUGAAGUGUAUUGGGAUGCAACUGAUCAAUUAAAUGAUUGCAAUAAUGAUACUGGUGAUCCUUUAAUUCAUAAUCCAAUUAUGAAACGUUUUCUUCAAGAUGCCAGAGCAAAUAUCAUGGAACACUCUUUAACGUCUAAAGUUACUUCCUCAAUCCCACAGUCUUCAGCAAAUAUCACUGACUCCAAUCAAAAUAAUACUGUUGAUGCAUCGUUUGCACAUAGAUUAUCUUCCGUAAGUGGUAUAGAUUUACAAGUUUGUGAAAAUGAUCACUUUACAGCAGCAGUAUCCACCGAUAACAGUUCUAAAACUUCAUCAAAAAAACCAAUAAAGUGUACAAAAGAAAAACAGAUUUUGAAUACCUCAAACUUUGAUCACUUGUGUACUACAGGUUAUAAAAUUACAACAGCUGAUUUCGAACAAGCCGCUCAUUUGAAUGCUCAAUAUCGUUAUAUGGCUUAUAUACAAAGCCUUUUCUCACCGUUGCUAGAAUCAGUCGGACUAAGCAUAAAGCAUCCUGUAUCUGAGCAGAUAAAUGAUCCUAACAGCCCUCGACCAACUAAUCGCUCAUUUACUCAGCAAACAUCUUUCCAAAGACAAUCAGCGUUUUUAUGUUGUAAUUUUGCAUCACAUUUGAUAUUACGCGAUAUUGUUGACUACAGUGGUGCCUCAUUUACAUCUCAUAAACAAAAAACGAAUCAUUUGAGUCAAAUGCAAACCACUACUAAAAUGGAUAUCAUUUUACAUAUUGAUUUUAUUCGACAACAUGUCAAUUUAUCCUUGUUACGCCUUGUUCAUCAAUUUGUUACAAUGAUUUAUUGUGCUAGAGAUACAUGUAAAUAUAUGUCACGUGAUGAUCAAUCAGUUAAUCCAGUUAUCAUAACACCAACAGUGGUAUGGUCACAGAAACAUGAUUCUAAAGGUUCAUCAGACGAUACCGAUGGAACGUUUCGAUCGCGCUCUUCCGCUUAUGUCCGUUUUGGUGGUGAAGACUCUAUUGAUAGUGGACGAUCGAAUAAUCUAAGCGAAGCUUCAAAGAGCAAAAAUAAAUAUGAGAGGUUCAGCAACAAUGAAGAACCAUUCCCUUCUUUUACUUUUGAACAUGAUCGUUCUUCUGGGGAGAAUACAUCUAAUUCUAGUACGGAUAAAGAUUUGCUGAUUAUUACUAAUCCAGCUAAUUUACAUGACAUUAUGACUACCACCGCACCGCGAUUUUCACCUAUACCUACUAGUCGAAUUUCGCAAUCUGAAGAGUCGUCAAUGAAUGCUCCAAGAUCCCCUAGUAAUCUUGGUCCUUCAUGUUGGAGACGAUUAGCGAAUUAUGUUGAGUUAUACUCUACUGUACCUAAGACAAAGACUGUUAUUCGUAAGCCUAUAUUCACUUCGGUACCAAGUGGAGCUAUGCCUACUAUCACAGAAGAAGAUCGUGACCAUAAUGUUAUAUGUACGUCAGAAUCGUGUAAUGUUAAAAGUGAUCAAUCUGGCAGCUAUCAUUGGCCCCCAAGUACUUUCAAUCUAAAUUCACCUACAAUGAAUAAGGGAAUUCUAUUCGGCAGGAAAACUUUCCCCACUGUAACAUAUCGUGUUUUAAAUGAAGAAACAGAUAGAGAUCAUGAGUUAAUCGGAUCUAAAGAAGUUAACAGUCAAAAUCACAAGUCUUUAUUCACAAAUCCAUGGAAUCCUAGUAUACAAGCAUUUUUAUCUCGCCCUUCUGCUGUUGUCAUUGGCGAUAAAUUUCAGAAUAUUUUCAAAGUUCCAGCAUCUAAUCAUCAAUCAUCAAAAUAUCCUUUUAUUGGUUUGUCUGAUACAUCAUCAAAAAACGAUAAUCAUCUAACUACAACCAAUCAUGGUUUAGAACAAUUUACUUAUCCAUGGGUUUGGGGUGAACGUGUACCACUUGUUGUAUUUGUUACAGCGAAAAUACGUCAAAUGGCUGUCAGUGCUGUGCUCAGUGAACUUAAUUUGAAUGCAGGUGUUAGAAAUGUUCAUGGUUCAUUUACACUUACUAAACAAACACGGGGGCAUGGCAGUUUCUCGGAAAAAUUCUUAACACACAGUUCGAAUUUACACUAUAGUGAUAGUAAUAUUCAAUUAACUGAAAAGUCACCAUCAAAAAUUCAGGAAGUUGUAUGUGUAAAAGCUGGACGUUCGCAUGUCAUGCUAUCAUGUAGUCGAAAUUUACAAUCAGAAAAAAAUGCUUGUGUUAUAAGCCUUGGAAGAAUAAUGGUCACUUUACCACAUCAUCCUGUACGAUUACAUAGUGUUGUACAACGUCAAGCUAAACGUAUCUCUUCUACUGUUUAUGAACUUUUAAGAAAUCCAAAUACUGGUUAUGCACAAAUUCAUUCUUGGCGUUCGUCUGGAUCUCGUAUGACAACAACUCCAACAACAUGUAGUACAACUACUACUGCUACAACAGCAAGUGAUCCAUCAAAUUAUUUCCGAUCAUCAAUAUCAUCAUAUCAAGCAUUGACAACAAUGGAACCUGGACAAAUUUUACUGAAUGCAAAAACUCCUAACAAAAUUAAUCCAUCAUCACCACCGUUGUCAUUUAAUCUCUUAGCUGUUUCACAAGGUUUAACUGUUAAUGUAGCAUUGCAUUCUACAUUGAAAGCUGUUUAUCAUAUUGAUCCUGUAUAUGUCACUGGUCAGGUUGGAUCACGUAGCUAUGUGGAUAUCAGUAUAUCAGAUCAUUCACUUAGCCUAAAGUCUAUGCGCCCCCCAGCUAACUUUCCAACAUCAAUCUCAUUACCUUUUCCUCGUAUUUUGGCUUCGAUUGUUCAACGUGUUUCAUCAGGCGGUCGUUAUGCUCGUAGUCAACGAAAAGAGCCUAUGCUCACAUAUGGUUUAGAAGCGGAACAAGGCCUAUACUUGGAUAUUCAAAUACAAAUUGAUACAUUAGAGCAAAAUUUAACUACUGACAUGUUAAACUACAUUAUGGUUGUUGUAAAGUUAUUCAUGAAGGAAAUAAAUGAGGUUAUACAGAAAAUGGCUGGUGAAGAACGACCUCGUCUGCGCAAACCGAUUUCAAGAUUUACAUGUAAUCAGAUGAGUCAAGCAGAAGAUUUUACACAUUCAAGUACAUCCAAUACUCAAAAUAUCCCAACUGGUGAUUGGCUUUUAUCACGUGCUGCACGUGGAAGAGCUAAAUUUACAAUCAAAAUUCGAAUGAAAGAAAUUCAACUGUUAGCAUCUACAAAAAAUGGUGCAAUUAAACUCGAGGCUAGAAAAAUUGAAGUUGAAUUGACCAAUCGUGUAUCACAAACACAUUUAUUGAAUCAUCAGAAUGUAUCGACAUUUUAUUCAUCCAACAAUAAACCAAAUGAUUUAUCUCAAAAAAGACCAUCAAAUUUAAAUAUUCGUCCUAAUACUACAUCUAGUUAUUUCUUUGAAUCUGGAAGGAAAUCUUCGAUAGGAUUAAAUAGUAGUCAUAAUUCUCUUUUCAUAUAUGCUACUAUAGCCAAUAUUGGUUUAGAUCUAGGCUAUUUUGAUCAGGAUACAUUCCAUGCACUUAGUCCUGAUUUCCAAAAUGUUGCGUUUUUCCGUACGUCAAUCGCUUUACGUUCUUUACUAGCCGAUGAAAAAUUUUCACCAAAUCAAAGUGUAGAAUUGUCUACUUCAAACAGUAGAAGUCAUGGUGAACAAGAUGCGUUUCUUAUUUCUUUAAACCGACCCAUUGUUUGGCUUAAACCUUUCACACUUGAUCGUGGUAUAAUGAUGUGGAUGGUGUACAAAGAUGAAUUUGCUAAAUGGAAUGAACACAUAGAACAUUUAGCAUCUAUGAUGCCUCCUGAAGACGUCACAGAAUCAAUUCCAGUUCGUUCAAAUUUUAUUCAUAGUGUACAUUAUCCUACUGGAUAUUCACCAAAAGAUCAUUCUCAAUAUAUAUCCAUAUCUUCUGCUCCACCACAUUCAUCUGUUCAUCCAUCUGCAACAAGUGUGAAUGAAAUACCGGAUGUCUCAAUCGAACCUAAUCUGUCGAAUAAUAAUGCUAACAAUAAUAAUAAAACAUCGUCAACCUUAUUCCUUCAACUUAGCAUUGAAGAUCUUGGUGUUUGUUUGCCUAUUCAUAUGGUCAAGUUACCGUCACAAAGUUUGAAGUCGGAUUCACGAACUGCCUUAGUUUUAACAUUGGAUAAAAGUCGUAUUUCUGCAUGUUAUCAAGAUUCUCUUGUUAGCCAAGGAGAAUUUACUGAUUUCUGUUUACGUUUCGACGAUGAAUUUAAUGUUGGUUCAGAUGAUUGGAAACCAGACAAAAAACGAUCAACAAUCGAUGUGAAAGGAAAACGUUACGUUGUCAUAUUGAAUGCGUGUGUUGUUCCUAGUGGAACAUUUAAUGUGUGCUGGAGAGAUCUAGAAAAACGUGGGCAGUGGCAUAUAGCCAUUAACUGGCAGAUGCGUGGUCUAGAUUUUCACCUGGAUGAUAAUAUUGGUCGACGUUUAAAAGCGUUGUUUACCAUCCUUACAAGAAUGACGGGUUAUAAUGACGCAGCGCCCUUAUUACCAACCUCUGGUGAAGAAGAAGAAGAGGGAGAUGAAGAACGUCAGUCACGUGACAUGGUAAACGCACAUGAAAACCAAGUGAUUCUGUCGAGCGAAAAUGAACACCAAACACUUCCAUGCUCUAUGGAAAAGCGUUCAUCUGUAGUGUCUGCUGUUUCGACCAAAAAGCUCACUAGAGAUGUGGAUAUUGCCUCAUUAGAUCGUUAUCGAUAUUUAGUAAUGCCUAAAGAGUCUAAUGUGAAAAAUCCUAUGGAUCAUUCACAAUUUGGAAGUAUGGAAUUUCAUAAGCAUAAAUUAGAUUUAUCAGAUUUACAAGCUUUUAAACGUCAAAAAUGGAAUACACUUCGAAAGAAAAAAACUGGACAUGGGACUAGAGGUUUAACAUUACGCACACAUAAUUCGUUACACGCUGAUCACUACACAAAUGAAUACAACUUUGUUAACACACAACCUAUUGGUUCUCAAUCCAUACCAACUGAUAGAAAAUCAACCAAAACAUGUUUACGCCCAUCUUCUUCAGUUACAGAAGAUUUUCUUCCAAUUCGAACUCAAGGUGGAGAUCAUACAAAAGUGACUCAAGAACCUAUUGUUGUACGACGUCGAAGAUUCAGUAACGAACCCGGUGCAUCUUCUAGUCAUAUUGCCAAGAUCGAUUCGGUUUAUUUUGAUGCAGAGGAUACUAGUUCCAAUGUGCCUUUCCCAAAGAAUAUUUUAGCUAAUAAUAACAUGACGAACAGCAUCAAUACAAAGUCUGAUUUAAAUAAUCGACAGUCUAACAGUCGAAUUUCCGAUGAAUGCAGUGAUGAUUGGGGUGAUCCAUGUGGUAGUCUGGAUGUUGAUGACGACCUGUAUCAUGAUGCUGAUGAAUUGAAUAAUAUCGAAAGUGAUAAUACAGAUUCACUAUACACAUCACAUACGAUGCAAACUGGUGAAACUAAUGUAGAUCAUAUGAGGUCGUCUACUAUUAGACCACCAACACCUCCACCACGUCAAAUGCACAUUCUUCAUGAUGAAAAAAACCUUGAGUUUCAUCCUUCUGUGGAACAGGUUUUAGAUAAAGAGAAAAAUCCUACUAAACCUAUAAAUACUCAAGAAGAAGAACCAAAGCUUCAGUUAGAAUUAGAUCUUCAAAUUCAUAUUGAUUCUGGUUGUUGUGUUCUUCAUCCUCGGCUUCCUUCAAAAUUUAUGCCUGAUGAUAAUAGUGGUAAACAUGUAUCAACCUCUGUCUUUCACACAGGAAUAGGAAUAAACCCAUUCAAUAUUUCAAAUACUAUGAAAGUCCUAUCUCCAGAAACUCAUAGUCAAACUCCUUGUGCAUUUUCACCAACUCACAUUGAAUCUGGUUAUAGGUUAUCUUACAGUGAUUUACUUCCUGGAUACUUGGAGCGUUAUAGGCAUCAACUGUUACAAGAUUUUCAAAUAGUCCCUAAUGAUAUCAGUAUAUUUUAUUUGCCUGCUGUGGACGUUAGUCUUCAUUAUAAUUCUAUGACUGAAUUAGACUUUCUGCCCGGAUGCAAUACAGUUAUACCUGGUUCAUAUAGUGACCCUCCUGUUAACUCAAAAAUGUUCUCUCUAAAUGUUCUUUCAUCAAAAUCAACUACUCAGUCUAGAACUGGACAAAAUACAGGGAAUAAAGACGAUUCUAUUCCUCGAAGUAUAAGAAAACAAGCUGAUUUAUAUAUUUCCUGUUUCUUGCAAAAAUUACCAAAUGAAUUAAUUGUUCAGCCGGCAUUACUUGAUUUUCUUGAACAAGCUAUCGAAAAUUUGCCACUUAUAUCUGACUGGAAUUCGGAAGUUGAUUCCGUUUCAUCCGAUUCUGGUAAUGAAAUAUUCUUCGAAAAAUUCCCUGUACACGCUAUUGUUCAUCUUCAUAUUCAACCGUUUACCAUACGAUUUCUUUGUUUGCCAACUUCCCGAAUGCAAUGCUUAAUGGUUUUACCAUUUUUGGACGCUGUCUUUUCAACUAAACGUGAUGAUCCUGACUCAGUUAUAAAUAGAACUGAAUAUAGUGUACCACGUAAAUUAUCCGAUCUUACUUCACUUCAAUCUGAUAAUCAGUUGGAUAAUACAAGUGUAACAUUGAAACAGAAACCAGUAGUUGGUGAUGUAGUUUCAGCCGGUGGACUUUCUAUAACUGCCAUCUUAAAAGAGUUUCGCAUAUCAAUAUUUCAUCCUUAUGGUGAAUCAUCUUCCAUAAGAUCAGGAAGCAGUUCAUGGGGAGAUGCUAGACCAUGUGAUUCUCUUACAAUACUCGUGAAAGAUAUACAAUGUCAUCUUUCACGCACAGUAGAAGCAAAAGUUGUGCAAGUGAAUCCGAAUACAGCUGUAAAUGAGUCUAAUUCUAUUAGUGUACCACCAGAAUCUAACAAAAAACCUUUCAGUUCAACAGUUAAUAGUGCUAGAGAAACAAUGGUCUCUGUACAAUCGGUUGAUAAUUUUGGAUUACAUCGAAAUUUAUGUAUUUCAGGUAUUUUUGAUAUUGGUAUAGCUGAAUUCACUUGUGAUACUCGUCGAACAUUAGAAAUUUUAGAUAUUUAUAAUUCAUGGUAUCGUAGUAGUCUGGCUCGUCGUUUAUUUCUAGGCAAUGAUGAAUUAAUUGAAACAGUUAAUAUCACCACUCAGUCUUAUGAUCAAGAUGAAACAAUGAAAGCCACCAAGACACAAAAUGAACAAUCAGAUACAAAGUUGGGAAGUACAUUAUCCAAUGAUAAUUUAGAUACAAAACAGGAAACUUCAGGAAGUUUAGAAAUGCCUCUACAAAGUGGAUUGAUAAACCUUAGUACAGAAACCGAACAACCAUUAGAUAAGAAUAAAAAAAAUUUAACAUCAAAAACAACCUUCUUGAGAGAAAAUCUGAGUCAUAAAAAGUCAGAUGCAACACGUGCUACAACAAUCGGUCCAUGCAUAUCGACAAAUGAUAAAAGCGAUGAAGAGCCUAAAGCGCCUACAGUUAGUACAUCACCAGAUCCAACGUCAAAAUUAACUACACUUGUAGGUGAACGUGGAGCUAGUGGAAGUCGUAAUACUAGUUUACGAGUAGCUUCAUGGAAUGCAUUAACUAUUUUCUGCGUACACUUGAAAAAAUUUGAUUUAAAUUUAUACAUGGGUAGCGCUAUGGGUUUAACACGACUUAUUGUAGACCAGUCAUUUUGCGAAGGUCAUAUCUCUGUGAAUUCAUCAGGCCGUAAAAACACUUUAUUAACUGCUGGCUUGGCCAAUAGUCAAUUUAUUAGUGAAGGUGGUGGAGUAGGCGGUGAAUUUGGCCUAGUUGAUCUGGCGACUCAACUUCGUAUAGACAAUGAUCCUUCACACGAUCCUCAACAUUGUUUGGCAGCAAAAGUUGGUGGUUUUCAAAUACGUAUAGAAUAUAUGAACACAAAUAUUCUAUUAUUCAGAGUAAACUCUCUAGACCUAACACUUUAUGAUGAAUGGUGUUUAAAAGAUGUCAUUCAACAAUGGUUGAAUUCAACUAAGCAUUCUAAAUUAAGCACUUCCACAAAACAAGAUCAAUAUUCGUCUUUAACGAUCAACAGUGAAACAAAUGAUGUUCUUGGCUCAUUACCGGUAUUUAUUCGAAUUGUUGGGGAAAUUAAUUGGGAUCAAGCGCAGGCAGCGAUUGUUCGUAGCACUACUCCAGAUCUUAUAAGAUCUAUUCAUAAAGUUCGUGAUUAUUUUCAAGAACAAGUUCGAGAAGGUCGUUUAUCAUUGAUUGGACAAGUUGGUCGUUUUGGUAUGUUUUCAAUGAGUGCUGGACAACUCCGUUCUUCAAAUCAUACAGGAAGUAUUUGUUCAUCACGUUUAUGUAAAGAUAAAUCUGUUAAUAUUGCUGAUCAAGAAAUUGAUCAGCUUUUGCAACGUCAUUGGCAAAAAAUAAUGUAUCAGGCCCUCAGAUUACUUUUACAAGAACGGUUAAAAGUUUCUAGUAUGAAAGGGAAAUCGUCGUCUAUUGGAACACAAUCUUAUUUAUACAACAAUCCAGUGCUUAGUGGUUCAUUUCAAUUAUCAGGAAAUUCAUUGGGAAUGGCCUGUUUUGCUGGUAGUUUCCGAUCAGCGCCUGACUGGGCUGUAUUCAAUAUCCAACAUCCAACAGUCAGCUUUGAAACUGAGGCUCACCGAGAAAUUCCUAUAUCGAGUGAAGAAAUAAUUGUUGAUGGAAGUGAACGGGAUGGAUGGAUAAAUGUACGACAAGUUUUAAGUUUUGAGUUAGGCUCACCCCCAGAAUUUCAACCUCAAAUGGCCUAUGUCCUUCGUGUUAGACGCGGAAAAUCACAGAAUUUACGGGAUUUACCAUUGGCAACUAUUGAAGAGUGGUUUGAAUUUUGUUUUCGUGGUGCAGAUAAUACAGUCAUCAACUUCGCUCGACAUAGUAAUCCAUCAGGUCUCAAUUCUAUAAUAAAAUUGGCACAAUUCCCAAUAUGUUUUACACGUAUUAGUAGCCAAGACACGUCGUUGCCUGUAUUUAAUGUACUGAAUUCUUCAAAACCCUCACGUGAUAUGCUUGUUCCGGUCAAUGAAGAUGAUGGUGACUCCGCAAAUCCCGGUGAUACUAAUCGUCCUACUAAUAAAACCAGUGAAACAUCAACUAUCAACAAAGUUAUAUCAAAAGAAGAACGACCUAGUGUAUCUGUUCGUUCCAAUCCAUUAAAGCCACCAAAUGAAGGUGAAUUAUUGUUUAUUCUACCUUCUCUUGCCUUACGUAUCACUACUGAUCAACGUCAAACAAUGUCUCAACCUACUUUAUCCAGUCUUCCAGUUGUUAUAUCGGGAUUUUCAGCUGGUAAGGAAUCUACUCUUGACAAUAAUGUCAUGUCUAAAGAUGCAGACAAGAAAAAAUCACCAGGACGAUUUUCUAAAGGUCAAUCUUUGCUACGAACCAAGCCAUUUUCUAAGAAAGACAAUUCAGGAGAAUUAAGCAUGACCUGUUCCAAUUCUGCACCAUCCGUGAAAGUCAGUUUUCAAACUGAUUUUCAUGGGUUUAUUCAACUUGGACUGAUUGAUGUACCUUGGCUGCCAAGUCUUAUAAGUUCAUACUUGGAUGAACGAUUAAAUGACUAUGAACUUUCAAGCGGAGCAAUCUGGAAUGUGGGUGAUACCAGUCAAGGUCUUGUGAGUCAUUCAUCAAUGACAAAUGUUAUAUCUGAAGACGUUAUUGGUCGACUUCGUGCUCUCUCAACAACUAGCUCACCUAUGGUACAAGAUGCUCGUGUUUAUGACAUAAUACACUGGUCAUUAAGUCCCGAAUGUCGCUGGCUUUUAGCCACAAAUAUUGGAGUUCCAGCAUUUGAUCGUCUUUUAGAAAGUAUUGGCUUCCGCAAGGCACGUAUUACUAUACCAAAAUGGCUUCAGAGAGGUGUCAUGGAUCAUUUGGACAAAAUUGCUUCUAUUCUCUUAAGAGGUAGCUUAGAACUAAGUAUGGAUAAAGACAACCAAAUUAAAUGAAAACGCUAAUUAUGAUGCUAAAAAUGCCAUGUGUAGAGUAGUAGUCACUUUUGUAUUAGCGACACUUAGUUUUCUCUACAAAUCGCUUUUUUGGCAUCCUAGUAAACAUUUCCAUUUAUUUGAUUGACACUGGACAAACUGCAGAUUAAGUGAACAGCAAAACAUACUUUUUGUGUUUCCUUACAGAUGCAAAUUCAUGCCUAAAACAGACUUUUGUACAAAUAUUUCCUGUAAUAUCCAAAAGAUUUUCUGAAUAAAACUGCUUGGGAUUUUCGUGUUGCUACAGUUGCCAUUUAUUUAUAAUGACAUUAAAACGAUUUGAGUUAUUCUUA